UAAAUUGGUUAGUCUCUAAGAUGCCACAAGUACUCCUUUUCUUUUUGCGAAUACAGACUAACACGGCUGUUACUCUGAAACCUUUAACUUCUACUUAUCCUGAAACCGCCUCAGUGCUGGAGACGAGGAAGGACCCGGAGUAGUUUAGGACCCAGCAGACAGUGGCAGGCGGCAGUUGUGUAGAUCACUGAGAGACUAAGAGGGUCCAGUCCAGUUUUAAUUCUGUCUCUAAUCUCUGCCACAGCAGUGCUUUCCCCAACAGCCCCAGCUCCGGCUCGGGCGUCUGUCUCUCCAGCCUGAUCCCCGGCAAAAAACAUGUCACUGGCUUCCUCACAGUAGCAACCCUAGAGGGAAAAGUGGCCCCAGAUGCGCAAGCCUGAGGAUUCGGUACAAAGAGGUGCACAAAAUGAAGACCCUGAUGCGCCACGGGCUGGCGGUGUGUUUAGUGCUCACCACCAUGUGCACCAGCUUGUUGCUCAUGUACAGCAGCAUCGGCGGCGGGGGCCAGAAAGAGCCGAGCCAGCAGCAGCAGCAGCAGGUGGCGGCGGCGGCCAGUGGGAAGCCGGAGAGCAAGCAGCUGGGCGCCAGCCAGCAGCGCCCCAGGCUCCCUGUGGGGGCUGGGCUCCUGGAGGGCUACAGCGGCGUCCUGGACCACAAGGGGCAGAUGGCUCCUUUCAGAAAAAUGGCAGGAGGUUAUCAGAGCCUUUGAAAAUGCACUGCAAGAGUUGUGCACUGGUAACCAGUUCUGGACACCUCUUGGGAAGCAAACAAGGCAACAGAAUUGACCAGACUGAGUGUGUAAUACGAAUGAACGAUGCACCCACUCGAGGUUAUGGAAAAGAUGUUGGAAACAAAACUAGCCUUCGAGUCAUUGCACAUUCUAGUAUCCAGAGAAUUCUGCGAAACCGGAAUGAACUGUUAAAUAUGAGUCAAGGUACUGUGUUUAUCUUCUGGGGUCCCAGCAGCUAUAUGAGAAGAGAUGGAAAAGGUUUGGUUUAUAAUAAUCUGCAAUUGAUGAAUCAGAUACUACCUCAAUUAAAAGUAUAUAUGGUUUCUCGGCACAAGAUGCUUCAAUUUGAUGACCUCUUCAAACAGGAAACUGGCAAAGACAGGAAGAUAUCCAACACUUGGCUUAGCACAGGAUGGUUCACGAUGACUAUCGCAUUAGAACUCUGUGACAGGAUAAAUGUUUAUGGCAUGGUGCCACCAGAUUUCUGCAGGGAUCCUAAUCAUUCUUCAGUACCUUAUCAUUAUUAUGAACCUUUGGGACCUGAUGAAUGUACAAUGUACAUUUCACACGAGCGGGGACGAAAGGGCAGCCAUCAUCGUUUUAUCACAGAGAAACGAGUGUUUGAGAACUGGGCACGGACAUUCAAUAUUCACUUUUUUCAACCAGACUGGAAACCAGAAUCACUUACGAUAAAUCACCUGGAGAUUAAACCCGUGUUCUGAGGAAUGAACGCACAAGACUGCAAUCACAAUCACCUACUGUAUCAGGCUUCAGGGUACUGAACCUCGCAGAAGAGCAAAGCAAUCUAAAAAAGCAAGGUUAACAGGAUUUGUGGGUGGAAACUGCUACAAUAUUCAGGAAGUUCUUGCGAAGAAAUACAUAAAAGGACAUUUUGUAUCCAAUUGUAUCAUAAUCCAAUAAUUAACAUUGUCUGGCCAGCUCACCUCCUGUAAAGUAUGUGAUCUGUAAAAAACAACUUGACUAUCGUUAAUGGGAUGUUUAAUUCAUUAUAGUUUUUUAAAGCACGUUGCCACUGAAUUUUCAUAGUGAAAACUUAAAAUACUUAUUUAAUGGAGGUUUUUAUGCAGGCUAGGCCAGUAUUUUUCUAAUUCACAAUUAUGUGAUUAUCUUUCAUAAGCCUACAAACCCAAAAUUUAUUGCUGGUCGUAUAGAAAGGUCUAGCUUCUUGUUUAUAAGUUUUUUCCUUUGAAAAAUAUGAUUCUAUUGAGCAUGUAAUUAAUAUUUGAUCUGUAAAUGUUGUAUUUCUUUUUAAAUUGCCGGGCUCCACUCCAAUAUAGAGUCUUUAACGGCAAAAAAAUUCCCGUGUGAUGAUCAUGUGAGAGACGGUACAAUCUGACAUUUCACAUUAAUAUGAAAAUGACAAAGAAGAUUCCUUUUGAUGUAAAUGUGCACUUGCUGCUAUGAUGUCAGGCUGCUCUUUCUUAAUGGAGAGGGAGUAGAGGGCAGGGCAAGGUUUACUAGAUUGUAUCCUGGGAUAUCGCCACCAUCUGUGGCACUGUGCAUAUAAUUAAGACUGAAAA